AUGGGGCACAAAAGACUAUUUUCGGCCGCGGCGCCGCGCCCGUCCACGCGCUCCACGGUGGUGCAGCUUUUGAACAACAUCGGGUCCAAGCGCGAGGUGGAACAGUACCUCAAGUACUUCACGUCUGUGUCGUCGCAGCAGUUUGCCGUGAUCAAGGUGGGCGGGGCCAUCAUCACGCACCAGCUCCCGGAGUUGGCGUCGUGCCUCGCGUUUUUGUACCACGUGGGCUUGUACCCGAUCGUGUUGCACGGCACGGGCCCGCAGAUCAACGAGUUGUUGGAAGUAGAGGGCGUCGAGCCCGAGUACAUAGACGGCAUCCGCGUGACCAACGCCAAGACCAUGGAGGUGGUGCGCAAGUGCUUCUUGGAGCAGAACUUGCGGCUCGUCACGGCGUUGGAGGAAAUGGGCGUGCACGCGCGGCCCAUCACCGCCGGCGUGUUCACGGCCGACUACUUGGACAAGGACAAGUACCAGCUCGUGGGCAAGAUCAACGGCGUCAGCAAGUCCGCGGUGGAGUCGGCCAUCGACGCGGGCUACUUGCCGAUCUUGACGUCGUUGGCCGAGACGCCGUCGGGCCAGUUGUUGAACGUCAACGCGGACGUGGCGGCGUCGGAGUUGGCGCGCGAGUUCGAGCCCUUGAAGAUCGUGUACUUGAACGAGAAGGGCGGGCUUGUGCACGGCGAGACCGGCGAGAUCAUCUCCGCCAUCAACUUGGACGAGGAGUACGAGGGCUUGUUGAAGGAGCCCUGGGUCAAGUACGGCACCAAGUUGAAGAUCAAGGAGAUCCACGACUUGUUGCAGCACUUGCCGCGCUCGUCGUCCGUGGCCAUCAUCGACGUGCACGACUUGCAGAAGGAGUUGUUCACGGACUCCGGCGCGGGCACCUUGGUCCGCCGCGGCUACAAGCUCAUCAACAGAAACAAGUUGAGCGACUUCGCCAACCUGGACUUGUUGCGUGCCGCGCUCUUGCGUGACCCGCAGAUCAAGAGCGGCAAGUUGAGCGUGGCCUCGUACUUGAAGCAGUUGGAGACCGCCACCUUCAAGUCCUACGGCGACGCGCCGCUCGAGGUCUUGGCCAUUGUGGUGGAGAACGCCAAGCCCAACGUGGCCGUGCCCAAGUUGGACAAGUUCUUGUCCUCGCGCACCGGCUGGUUGAACAACGUCACCGACAACAUCUUCAGCGCCAUCAAGAAGGACUACCAGUCCUUGUACUGGAUCGUCAACGAGAAUGACGCCAACUUGUCCUGGUACUUCCUGAAGUCCGACGGCUCUUUUGCCAAGAACGGCGAGGUCUUGUUCUGGUACGGCUUGGACCCCACGGCCAUCGGCAAGUUGAUCAAGCAGUUCGACGCGGCCUCCGUGGGCUCGUCCUUGUCGUCCGCCACCGACAGCGGCGUGUUUUCCGCGGCCAAGCAGACGCGUGGCUUCCACUCCUUGACUAAGCAGACACGUGGCUUCCACUCAUCAGCCCCCCGUGCCUUGGCCACCACCGCGGCCAAAGCCAACGCGCCCCUCAGAGACGCCACGUCCACCAAGAUCUCCAAGGUGGGCUUGAUCGGCGCGCGGGGCUUCACCGGCCAGAACUUGAUCUCGUUGAUCGACAACCACCCCCACUUCGAGUUGGCGCUUGUGUCGUCGCGCGAGCUCAACGGCCAGAAGUUGCAGGGCUACAACAAGGCAAACAUCGUCUACCUGAACUUGCAGACCGAGGACAUCCUCCAAUUGGAGAAGAACCACGAAAUCGACAUUUGGGUCAUGGCCUUGCCCAACGGCGUGUGCAAGCCCUUCGUGGACGCCAUCGAGUCCGUGGAGGACUCCCAGUCCAAGAUCGUCGACUUGUCUGCAGACUACCGUUUCGACACCACGGGUGAAUGGGUCUAUGGCUUGCCCGAGUUGGGCGACCGCAAGAAGAUUGCUGCGGCAAAGAAAAUCUCGAACCCGGGCUGCUACGCCACGGCGGCUCAGGUUGCCAUUGCUCCGCUCAAGGACUACAUUGCCGGAACGCCCACCGUGUUUGGAGUAUCAGGAUACUCGGGCGCAGGAACAAAGCCUUCGAGAAAGAACGAUCUCAAGCACUUGAGCAACAACUUGAUCCCUUACUCCUUGACAGACCACAUCCACGAAAAAGAGGUCAGCAACCAACUUGGCCUCAGCGUGGCUUUCAUCCCACACGUGGCCCAGUGGUUCCAGGGCAUUUCGGCUACGGUGUCCAUACCGCUCAAGCCCAAGUCCUUGACGGCCAGAGACAUCCGCGGCAUCUACAGAGACCAGUACGAGGGUGAGCAGUUGAUUGCUGUUGCUGGCGAGGCUCCCGAGGUCAAGGAUAUCAGCGGCAAGCACGGCGUGAUCGUGGGCGGGUUUGCCGUCAACUCGGCCCAGGACAGAGUCGUGGUGGUUGCUACUAUCGACAACUUGCUCAAAGGUGCAGCCACGCAAUGUUUGCAAAACAUGAACCUUGUGCUGGGCUACGGCGAGUACGAGGGUAUCCCAGACACGCUUGCAGCUAGUGGUUAG